AGCAACAACAACAACAACAAUCAAUAAUAAUAAUAAAUAUCAUUAUACAAAUGAAUUUGCAUUAGCAUUGAAUAAUUGUUAUGAUCAUUUAUUGGAUAAUGAUAUUAAUCAACAAAUAUAUCAUGAUCAAAUUGCACAACAAUUGGCUGAACGUUAUGGUUUUAUUAAUCAUGGAAAGGUUGGAGCAUUAAAUUGUCAUUAUAUAUUUUCGCAUAAUCAUGUUAGUAAACGUUCAGCAGAAUAUUCUCAUAAACAUCAUCGUUUAUUGGCUAAUGAUGAACAGGUACAUUGGGUUGAACAGCAACGAAUCUAUGUACGUGAAAAACGUGAUAAUCAAAAAUCUAGUUAUCGUUAUAGACGUCAAAUGCCUGAUCCAAUUUUUCGUGAUAUGUGGUAUUUGAAUAAAGGAGCCCGUGGUGGUUUCGAUAUGAACGUUCAAAAUGCCUGGAAAAUAGGUUAUACUGGUAAAGGUGUUGUCGUUACUAUUCUUGAUGAUGGUAUUCAACCUAAUCAUCCAGAACUUGUCAGAAAUUAUGAUCCUCAUGCAAGUUAUGAUAUUAAUGAUAAUGAUCCUGAUCCUACUCCUGCCGAUAAUGGUGAUAAUAAACAUGGAACUAGAUGUGCUGGUGAAGUUGCUGCUGAAGCUUAUAAUGAUUUUUGUGGUGUUGGUAUAGCAUUUAAUGCUAGUAUUGGUGGUGUACGAAUGUUAGAUGGAAUUGUUACCGAUCAAGUUGAAGCUCGUGCCAUUAGUCAUAAUCCACAAUAUGUAGAUAUUUAUUCAGCAUCAUGGGGACCUGAAGAUGAUGGUAAAACUGUGGAUGGACCGGGGAAAUUAGCUAAACGUGCAUUUGUUGAUGGUAUACGUAAAGGCCGACGUGGACGUGGAUCAAUUUAUGUUUGGGCUUCGGGUAAUGGUGGUCGCCGAUUAGAUAAUUGUAAUUGUGAUGGUUAUACAAAUUCAAUUUAUACACUUUCAAUAAGUAGUGCUACACAAAAUGGCAAUAAACCAUGGUAUUUAGAAGAGUGUUCAUCAACAUUAUCGACAACAUACAGUAGCGGUACACCGAAUAAAGAUGGUAAUAUAUUAACUUGUGAUCAGGAUACAUCAUAUUUUAAAGCAUUGAAAAAAGGAGAAAUACCACAAAAAGAUAGUUUAUGUACACGAACACAUACUGGAACAUCAGCAUCUGCACCGAUUGCUGCUGCAAUCAUUGCAUUAGCCUUGGAAGCAAAUCCAAAUCUAACAUGGCGUGACAUGCAACACUUAGUUGUUAUGUCUUCACGAUAUGGACCUUUGCGUCAUGAAAAAGGUUGGGCAACCAAUGGUGUUGGUAGAAAAUUUAGCCAUAAAUUUGGCUAUGGAUUACUUGAUGCUGAAACUAUUGUUAGAUAUGCUGAAAAAUGGACAACAGUUCCAUCGGCACGUAUCUGUGAAACAGCUACACAGAUUAAAGAAUGGGAAAUACCUGCACAACUUCGAAAACAAUUGGAAGUUUCAUUAUUAACUAGCGGAUGUCGUGGUACAUCAAAUUAUGUACGAUAUUUAGAACAUGUUCAAGCUAAAAUUACUUUAAAAUAUCAGCCACGUGGUAAUCUAAAAAUAUCAUUAAUAUCACCUUCUGGAACCAUAUCACAUUUGCUUUUUCCACGACCAAGAGAUAUGGAAGAUAUUUCAUUCAAUUCUUGGCCAUUCUUAUCGGUACAUUUUUGGGGUGAACCUCCAGAUGGUACAUGGAGACUUGUGAUUCAAAAUGAUGGUUCCAAAUCAAGCAUUGUACCAGGGAAAUUAUUUUCCUGGUCAUUAGUUUUCUAUGGAACAUAUGAAAAAACUUAUGCACAACGUUUGUAUAAUGAAACUGUUCGUUAUUAUCCUCGAAGUACAUCACCGGCAACAGAAAAAUUGAAUGAUUGUGUUCCACAAGGAUUAUAUAAGAUGUAUGAAUCAGAUGAAUGUGUUAAAAAAUGUCCACCAAAACAAUGGGCUAAUAGUGAUAUUGGUCAAUGUAUACCUUGCAACAAUGCCUGUGAUAGCUGUUUUGGACCAUCAUCCGAUAAUUGUCUUUCAUGUACAAAUGGUUAUUUUUUUGAUUAUCAUUGUCUUGAUCGCUGUCCAGAUGGCUAUUAUGAAGAUAUUGAGCUUAAAGAGUGUUUACCUUGUUCACAAAAUUGUUUAACCUGUUCAAAAUCACCUGAUAUUUGUAAAACUUGUAAAUCAUUUGAUUACCGUUUGAAUGAACAAAAUCGUUGUGUAUUGGAUGAAGAAUAUUCUAUUUCAUCUAAUCAAUUGUUAUGUGAUGAAAGUUGUGAAAAAUGUAAUGGAUCAUCAUCAAAUGAUUGUUUGUCGUGCAAAAAUGAUCGUAAAUUUUUUAAAGGUAGUUGUAUUGAUUCUGAUUGUCCAGAAGGAUAUUAUAUUCAACAAGAUGGUAGAUCGAUGGCAUGUGAAUCAUGUCAUUAUUCAUGCGAAACCUGUGAUGGACCUUCACAUUUUAAAUGUAAAUCUUGUUUCAAAAAUUCAACCCUAUUAAAUGGAACCUGUUAUCUUUGUUUGGAAGGACAUUUUAUGAAUCAAAUGAAAAAAUGUGAAUUAUGUCAUUCAUCUUGUUCAACAUGUUCAGGACCAUUAGCAACUGAUUGUAUUACAUGUAAAUCUGGACUUUUUAUGGAUAAUAUGCGUUGUGUGCCUUGUUGUCAAAAUUUGAACAACAAUGAAUUUAUCGAUUGUUGUCAUUGUGUUAAUCAGGAUGGUCCUUGCGCUUCAAUCGAUAUACCACGAAGUAUUCAAAUAAUCAACGAUAAACCAGAUCGAAAUAUUCUUUCAAUAUAUCAUUUGUUUGGAUUUAUUUUCAGUCAUUUCUUUACCUAUAUUAUAUUGAUCCUAUUGUUAAGUAUAAUUUUGUUAAUGUUUUUAAAACGACAAGUCAAAUCAUUUGGUUUAAUCAAUCGAAAACGUUCCGAAUCAUUUUAUAAUGUUAACUAUCAAAAAUUGAAUUAUAACAAAAAAUCAAGCCGUAGGCGAAAUAUUGAACGACAAUUUGAUGAAAAUUAUGAUAAAAAUGACAUUGAUGAUAAUAUUGAUGAUGAAGAAGAACAUACUUUGUUCCAAAAAGUUUAAAAAUUUUCUAGGAAUGAAUUUUCUAGUCUCU